AUAAAGAAUCAAGAAUGAGAAGAGAAACAGGAAAGACACGGUUGAGUUGAGGAAAUGAGAUCCCCACCGAUGGGGGCGUUCAUUCCGCGCCGUUGGGAGUAGUUCCCUACGAUCAUUGGAAGAGGUCCUUCCUCGGUGGGUUGCCGGUGGAUCGCUGGCCGGGGGGAGCGAUUCUCGAUGCGGAGACGGACAAGUCGCUCUUCCGGUGUCUACCUAAGUGUUGACGGACCGGCGCGAUGGAGCGCGAGAGAAAGGGGUUGGCGCUUAAAAACGGACUUUUCAACCGACAAGCGGCGGGAGAUGGGCAAAAUUGUCCGGAGACUGUAUAUACAUUCAAUCAAGUCCUCCUGGGUAAACCAUGCGUUCCCAUCAGUGGUAUGGAAUGAAUACGAAUGCGAAAACCGCCGGGUCGCAUCCACAGAUCGGACGGGAUACCUCUCCCUAGCCGACCCGAGGGACAUCAGAAUAAUGAUCAUCACCAGAUACUCCGCUCUGUCGAAUGGGUCAGAGUCUUCCAGAAACCGACCCGUCCGUGAUUCACCGCUCCUUAGCUCCGUCCGGCGUUUAGUUGAGUUGACUGUUGAAAACCUGCAAGUCAGGCACCAACCACACUUGUCCUCACCAAUCGCUAGUCCACCGUCCAGUACCAAGCUAGCGAGGGAGACGGGUGGAUCCCAAUGAGAUAGUCCGGUUUCACCUUCAACCAUGGUCCACUGUUUCGUCGUUCAUCUUCAUCGGUCUUCCUCCGUGGCAGUUCAUGCCAAUACAAAGAAAGUGAAGAAUUAGAAAGAAAAAAAUCAUAACCGCGCCAACAUCAAAAAAUCGACCCAAAGUGACGUCAAACCAUUGUAAUAUUCUGCAGGAUGAGUAAUGACGGCUAGCGACAGGCCAGGAACAGGAAGUCGGCCCCACCC